AUGAAGUGGCUGAAGCCAUACAUCGACAAAGAUCGCAUUAUUCGCGUCGGUGGCCGGCUGCGGAACUCCACACUCUCCGAUUACGUCAAGCAUCCUUCCGUACUCUCUGCCAAUUACCCGCUGUCGACUCUGCUGGCUAACUACUGUGGACCGUUCCUGCUGAAGGCAACCGUCCGCAAUCGUGCUCUAACCAAGGCUUACGUGGCAAUUUUCGUUUGCUUCGCCACGAGAGCCGUCCACAUCGAGCUUGUUAGCGACCUCACUACAGCUGCUUUCCUGGUAGCCCUCCGUCGUGUGGUUGCUCGAAGAGGAAGAAUCGCCGAGCUGCACUCGGACAAUGCGACAACUUUCAAGGGUGCGUCACACGCACUCAACCGUAUCUACCAGAUGCUGAAGGUAGACAACAACGAUUGGGAUCGGAUCUUCAAUUGGUGUGCGGAGAACGAGAUUCGGUGGAAGUUUAUUCCGCCAUGUGCACCGCACUUUGGCGGGCUUUGGGAGGGUGCAGUCAAGUCAGCGAAGAAGUAUCUCCUGAAAACAGUAGGCAACACCAACAUUGCCUAUGAACAGAUGUUGACUCUACUGGCACAGGUCGAAAUGUGCCUCAAUUCCCGUCCGCUGACUUCGAUGCCGAGUGAACCGUCCGAUCUGGAGGUCCUAACUCCAGGACACUUCCUCGUCGGGACCAACCUUCAAGCGGUACCCGAUGCCGAUUUGCGUGGAAUUCCUGACAACCGUCUGGAAGCUUACGACGUGGUCCAGAAGCAUCUCCAGAACAUCUGGGCCCACUGGUACCCGGAGUACCUUCAACAGCUGCAGUCACGGGCAACGAAACGCUGCAAUCCCCCGGUCACCGUUGAGGUGGGCCGCAUCGUCGUCGUGAAGGAAGACAACAUCCCUCCUGCUAGGUGGCCACUCGGGCGUAUUAUGAUUCUGCACCCGGGCAAGGAGGGGUCGUCCGCGUCGUAA